GUAACCAUACACAACGAUAAUAACAGCUGGUUCUUCUCGCCUACAGGACGCUAUUCCCCUCCAGAGCUUAUUUUCGUUUCCUCCAUCAUAUUCACUCAAGAGGAUUCUUGUCGAUUUUUGCUGGGUUCGCUCGUUGCUCGAUUCCGGGGAGACCAUUGUCUCAAUCAAGCGUACUGUGACCUCGGAUGUGUGACCGACAGUCGACAUUCCGGGGAAAUCCUGCGGAGCCUUUCGGGAACUUUACAGGCUGAUCUGAACCGGAUUCCUGCUCCUGAGUCCUUCGUGUCCUUGGGUGGCUGUUGACAGAUCUGGAUGGCUAUUGCGGGGAAGACUCUCACCUCUCCCGUCUCCCCCCAUAACGACGACGACUGGGUGUGAUCGUAGAGGGAAGACUCUCCAGCCGUCCCUCAAACCGCUAUCCCUCUUCUGGACCAGGAUGUCCAGAUCCCACGCCGCGACUCAGAAGUCUUUGAUUGCUCAUGCCCUGAAAGCCGAGCGGGAUGUGUCUACCGCGGCCUCCCAGGCCCAGGCCUUGGAGGCUGCAAUAGAUGCCGCUGAGCACUACAUGAAGGCGCUAACUUUGACAACGGUCCAAAAAGAUAAGCUUACAUUGGACGCAAAAUGCAAAGAAUGGCUUACGAGAGCGGAGAAAAUUAAGGAAGCGAAGGAUUGGCGAUCUGCAGCACAUAUUCAUGACAACCGUUCCUCCGGGUCUCGGUCCCCAAUAUCUACGCGCAAACUUACCACUCGCGAGGAGAUUAUUCUCCUGGAGGGUGCAAAGUUAAAUGGCUUCAUCUUUCCUCCGUGGAAUGAUGUCCCGAAACCUGAUGAAUUCAAAAGAGCCGAUGAAGAUGGGUUGUUUACCGAUAAACCGGAUCUCCAUUUGUCUAGCUUACAGAGAAAUAUCUUUGCCGGUUGGAAGCGGCCGCAUGAGCUGCUCUCGGGCCUUGCGGACGAAGUUGGCAAUGUUCCCACCCCGGUGAUGUCUGUUGCCGGGAAGACAGACUUGGUACAGGAUGUAUUAACGGACUGUUCUGUCGUUGCUAGUCUCUGCGCAACAACCUCGAGAUCGGAGCGUAGCCUUGAUAUGAACUUGCUUCCUCUGGUAUAUCCCUGUGUUGAUGGACAAUCGAAAUCUGCACUUUCUCCUUCUGGGAAGUAUAUAUUUCGCUUCUACUUUAAUGGAUGCUUCCGCAAAGUCGUCAUCGACGAUCGGCUGCCGUCGUCGAAAACAUCAAGAUCCCUAUACAUGAUAGAUCGAAAUAAUGUCACUUUUCUAUGGCCGGCUCUUGUCGAGAAGGCGUACCUGAAGCUUCGUGGAGGUUAUGAGUUCCCUGGGAGCAAUUCUGGGACGGACUUGUGGGUUUUGACGGGCUGGGUCCCUGAGCAGGUCUUUCUCCAUAAUGAUGAUGUGACUUCCGACCAGGUCUGGAAACGGCUUUUCAAAUCUUUCCACAACGGGAAUGUCUUCCUGACCAUCGGCACCGGGAAACUCACAGAAGGAGAACAGAAAGAGCUCGGUCUUGUUAGCGAGCAUGACUAUGCCAUUCUGGAUAUGAAGGAAUCUAAAGGACGCCGUCAAAUGCUGGUGAAGAACCCUUGGGCCGGGGCGGAUACAAUCUCCUCCGAUCUUCUCCAUGGUUCCGAAUCCGCGGAUCCUUCAUCGCCGUCUCUCUCCCCCGGAUCGUUCUGGAUGGAUUGUGGGAAGGUUCUGCAAAAUUUCGAGAACUUAUAUCUGAAUUGGAACCCCUCACUUUUCGCCCACCAGGAAGAUAUCCAUUUCACCUGGGAUCUAUCAAAUGGCAAAGGCCUCCCUGGGUGUUUUGUGAAAAACCCCCAGUUUUCAAUUUAUACCGAGCGUGGUGGCAUUGUCUGGCUCUUGCUGGGAAGGCAUUUUAGGACAAUCCCACAAUACGAACAGUCUCCUACCCCACAUAUUUCCGAUACAGACCAUGAGGAGUCCGGAUUCAUUAGCAUCUAUGUAUUCAAGGAAGGCGGAAAGAGGGUAUCUUUGAGUGAUGGCGCACUUCACCGAGGUCCUUACGUUGACUCACCGAAUACUCUGAUGAGGUUGGACAUGCCUCCACGGACUACGUAUACUGCGGUGGUAUCCGAAGAGUCUUUGCCUCUGGUCACCCAAAAUUUCACCUUUUCAGCAUUUUCCACCAGCCCCGUGCAAAUCGCACAUGCCCAGAACCGAUACAUGUGUGUCGCCAAGGUCCAGGGGUGCUGGGCGCCGUCCACAGCUGGUGGGAACGCAGAGUCAACCCGGUACCCCCUCAACCCGCAAUUUAGCUUUGAGAUACCAGAAGAAACAGAUGUGUCGCUUGUCCUCGAACCGUCAGACCCGGCACUCGCCACCCACGUCAAGCUGUUCUGGUCUCAUGGAAAGCGCGUGGCGCGAGUUCGUAGUCGAGAUAUCAUUACGGAUAGUGGUGAGUAUCGUCGCGGGGGAUCUCUCGCCGAAAAGACCGGCCUGGAUAAAGGGUCAUACACGAUUGUUGUCUCGACAUUUGCUCCGGACCAGCUCGCGCGGUUUACACUGUGGAUAUCGACAAAUUUCCCUUGCCAAGUAAAACAACUGCCCCCCGAAUCGGCUGGGCGACGUGCGGUGCUUUCGGAUGUCGGGAUGUUAGCCCCAGGGCGAGAUCGGAUGCUGGCGCCGUUGCAAACCCCACGGUUAACCAGACUCAAGCUGAUUGCCCGGAGCAGACAGUCUACGAUUGGGAAUCGGUCCGUUGGCCCUUCUCCCGUUUUAAUGACCGUUGAGCUCGGGCAAGGGCCCUAUAAAGAGAUCUUGGCGACAUCUGAGGAUGGACAUCAUUGCGAUGCCGUAUCAGGAGUCCGAAUAGAGGACUUUGACUUAUCGCCGGGUCUCGAGGACAAGGGUGGAGUAUGGAUCGUGCUGGAGCGAAUUGGGGGACCUGGUGGACAGGUUGAAGACCACUUUGAAGUGGAGGCUCUGGGAGAAGAGAAGGUGGAAAUCGGGGAGUGGAUAGUCGAAGACGCAUAAUGUCACGUACAGUGAAAGAAAUCAAGAUACCGACCUGUUCCAUAAGGAAGUCCUUGUUGCAUAAAUUCACUAUAUUCAUGUGUCUAUCUCUGUGCUU